UGAAGUGUUCGUACUGUGUUGCAGUGUUCCGUGGUGAUACCGUUAAAUAAGAAUUUUUGUUGUAGCCUGACAGCGCUCAUUGGCGCUUAUUUGGAUAAAUUUCCGGGCUGCGGUUGGUUCAGCUCGGUACGCAAAAUUACCUCAACGGUGGAUUCACGAUAUAUUGUUGCUGGACGCCGUAUCUUAUUUAUUAUGAGGCAAAGAAGACGCGCGAACUGCGGCACGUUCAUUUACCCUGGUCAGCCCACAACUGCAAUACCAGAGUGACACCCCUCCGUUGGAGUGGCUUCAGGGAGCACUUGCUUCACGUGUAAGCUGUAACGAAAAUUUGUUAGCCACUUCAAAACAUGCGAAUUAAGUGAAGACGCACAGUCUCUCACAACUAAGGCCGGCAUGUUUGUGAAAAUUUGGCUUCGCAUUCUGACGUGGGAUGAAUGAGGAAGAAUUGUUGAAACGGUCAGCUGCAGAGCGGGAUAGGAUAUUCAGCUGCUAUGACCGCGGUAGAGAAAAUGGUGCUCAAAUUGACUCCUGGGAGGAUCCUGGAUACGAGGUUUAUCAUACCACAGAUAGAUAUGGCUUCAUACACGACAAGCGACUACCACAGAAAUUGGAUCCGAACGAAAGGAGGUUACAUCACGUGGAAAUGGAGAGAUUGAAGAAAUGGGAAAAGAUGAUGGAGAAUUGGAAUACUUAUGCCACUAAGGACAAGCUAAGACGUAGAAUAUACAAGGGCAUUCCUGACAGAUUUCGAGGCAAAGUGUGGGCUCUACUUUUGGGUAUUGAUAUCCUAAAGCAUGAGCAGGCUGGCAAGUACGAUGAAAUGUUACAAUUAGCGAGACAAUGGAGCACGGAGAUCAGACAAAUCGAUGCAGACGUUGCCAGGCAAUAUCGAGACCAUAUCAAUUAUAGGGAAAGAUAUAGCAUUAAACAACGUUCCAUGUUUUACGUUUUGGCCGCCUACAGUAUGUACAACAUGGAGGUCGGAUAUUGCCAGGGCAUGUCCGUAUUGGCUGGACUUCUCUUGUUGUAUAUGGACGAAGAAGAUGCGUUUUGGGGACUUUCCGUGCUUCUUUCGGAUAAGAAAUACAGCAUGCAUGGAUUCUACGUCGAUGGUUUUCCCAAACUGAAUCGAUUUAUCGAACAUCACGACAAGAUAAUGAACAAGUUCCUUCCCAAACUGAAACGAAAACUCGACAAAUGCGGAUGUGAUUCUAUACUUUAUGCCCUGAAGUGGUUCUUCGUUGUUUUUCAAGAAAGGACCCCAGUCAGCCUUGGACUUCGCAUUUGGGACGUAUUUCUCCUGGACGGAGAUCGCAUUCUGCCCGCAAUGGCGUACACAGUUAUGAAGAUGCAUAAACGAUAUUUAAUGCCCAUGGAAAGCCUCGAUGAGUUCUGCAAUUACUUGCAAAUUAAACUCGAGAAAGACUUUUGCUUUGACGAUGAUACCGUUAUUAGCUCCAUGGAGCGAAAUAUAGAGGAGCUCAAACGUGCCAAAUUAGAAUACCCUGGUCCACCGCUGCCGCACGAAUUGCCACGCUUUCCUUUCGGAACGUUUAAAGAGCCCUCAUUCACAAACAAGGUUGGUCGUCGUACCGAAGAGUUUAGCGAGGCGCAACACAUGAUGAGAGAGGCAGUGGCCCAGAGAAGAGAUAUGGCUGUCAUCGAAGAGACCAGAGGAAGCUCCACACCCGUAGAUCCGACGGGGUGUGGCGGUCUUGGGGGGAGCAAGUUUUCAUUCGAUCCGAGCCUAGAGGACGGGGUGUCUCCGAAUGGGUCAAGACGUUCCCUGGCCGACACGUCGGUGACCUCGACAGCGGACCUCUCCGUCUUCAGCUCAGCCGCCCGUUCCCAGGCCCUGGACAAUAGUUUGGACACCCAGAGCAACAUCUCUGACGGAAGUUCUGGCAGCGGUGGCCUUCCGACUCCAAGAGCCACUUCUCAUCAGCCUAGUCCGGAUAUUGUCAGGAUCUAUGUACCAUAUACCCCUCCUUCCCCGGCACUGGGUACAAACGAUGUCCCGCGACAUCUGCCCAGGACCCUAGAAACCAAUAAGAUUCGCAUCAGGGUAGACCCUGACCGUACUCCAGUGGUGGAAAACCUAAAACCCUUUACAUUAGAUAGCCCUGAACUCGAGCUCGACUUGAAAUAAUUCCGUAUGUUUAGCUAAAACGUCCACAAAUGGGACAUCUUAAGGGGCUAUACCACAAAAAUUACACAUUUUUUGCCAUUUUUUUUUCUCAAAAAGUAAUUAUGUCGCAAACUUGUUCUUUUUUCCAUGAAAGGUCGUAUGUAGGAGAAUACAGGAAAAGUUUUCUUUCUAGUAAAAAAUACAUAUUUACUUUUUUAUUAUUAGAAACGUAGAGUACUAAAAAAAAUUGUUUGUUGUUGGCGCGGGGGAUUGAAGUCUUGGUGAUUAGAAAUAAAAAAAUUCAAAAAGAUUCUUCAUCUGUAAGGCCGUCACUAUUGCCCGUACCUCAAUUAUAUCAUCAAUUAACAAAAUGGCGGCGUUUUUGGCAGAAGUGUUAAAAAAUACGUUUUUUGCGCUAUAAUUGAGGCAAAAGUAUGAGUUAAAAUUAAAAUUUUACCAUGACUGAGGUACCGGCGAAAGCAACGGCCUUACAGAUUCAGAAUCUUUUUGAAUUUAUUGUUUAACAUCACCAGGACUUCAAUCACUUGCGCCAGCAACAAACAAUUUUUUUUACUACUCUACGUUUGUAAAAAUAAAUAAAUAAAUAUGAAUUUUUUACUCAAAAUAAAAAUUUUCCUGUAUUCUCCUACAUUAGACCUUUAAUGGAAGAAAAGUUUGUUCCAUUCUUUGCAGUACUUUUUGAGAAAAAAAUUGUCAGAAAUAUGUAAUGUUUUCGACGUUCACAGUUGUAUAGCCCCUUAAGUCAAUUUGUAGCAGCCGAUUUCCGUUGCGUAUUGUAAUUUAGAUUUUAUUGCAGAAUCCUGAAUCACAAUGGGCAGGUUAGAUGCAAGUGCUGUCUUGCGCCAUCUACCGAGAAUAUUAGAAAUGAAUAUGAUUAAUAUUCGUGCGGAUCUUGGCCGUCUGUUCAAAGUGGAAUGUCCGUAAUUUAUGUCCUCUUUCAUUCCAAGUCCCACUUCUUGAAACAACGAUUUAUGCCAAUACGUUUAGUAAUAGGAAUUGAGUUUGACUCUUCUUUUUUUUCUUCAAAUAGGUCGUUUCGUGAAUGAUGCUUGCGUUCAAUUUGAAGCAGCUAAUUUUAAUAAGAUAAAAUUAUUUAAAUAUUUAUUUUCAAAUCCGAAAUGGUAUCUAAAUAUCCAGCACAGGUAAAGUAUCUCUUUUGUUUAAAUUUGAUUUUCUGGGACCUCGAUAACAGAUGGUUGUGAUAACAUAUGGAUAAAGGUCUGAUUACAGAUUUCGUGAGACGACCCCUUUCCCAAUAACUGACAGAAAUGAUUUGUGUCCUAUGUUCAGAAAAUCUAUGAUGGUGUGAGUCUUAUUACUGGUACACCAAUAACUUCUUGUCCAGGUUCUAUAAGAAUCUAGUUUCUUUAUUCCUAAGAUUUUGAAGGAUAUCACUCGAGCUAGACUCAAAGUUUUUCUCAUUAUUUUCUCAUUUUCUUAUAUAGACGUCUUAUGGUGUUGAAUAAAUAUUGUUGCAUUUGACAUAUGGAUAACCACUCCGCUAAUGUUAUCCUAUUAACAACUAUAAAUAUGACUAGGAAGCAUACUUUAAUUAAGCGAAUAGUGCUUUAUUGUUAACUCUAUUUAACAUCUAUAUUCAGACCUAUACAGCUUUCAUGUUGUAUUCCUGAAUACGUAUUAAGCACUUCGGGAAAUAAAAUAAUACUCAAGAUAAGUUGUCAACAAGACCUCAAUUGCAAUGUGUCUUUCUAAUGCUUUGGUUUGAUUACGUGAAACGUGAAUCCACCAACUGCAUACCUAUGUAAUUAAUAUCGUACCUUAUUAUAAGGAUUAGUGACCUGAGGUAUGCAUUAUGAGGGAAACUCCAUAUAGAUGGCUCAAAUGUUGGUAACUUUGGGACAUUUUUGUCGAACUCUUUAUUGAACACCAAUGAAACUUCAUGUUUAUAUUAAUGUAUAAUACAAAGAGCAAAUAUUAUUUUUUCAUGUAAUAAUCAUUAUUGUAUAUAGACGUAUAACAGUAUAUGCAAUAAUAACAUGUCAGAGGCGUCAAUUCGCUCUAAUCGGAUACAAUAAAAUAUGCAAAAACUUUGUUUUUCUUCAUUACACAGCGAGUCAUUCUUAGGGGCUUAGAAAAUAAUGUUACAAUUUUAGCAAAUAACAACUCUUCUAUUUUGCAAUAAAAUGUACAUAAUUCAAUAAUAUUGAUAAUGUCGUAGAUUCAUUAGAUGAAGAAUUUAAUGUUCUAUAGUUUUUCACCGGGAGAAUUUAACCGGUAUAAUAUUUUUUUCGUUGUUGUGUCCACCAAUUUGAAAAAUGUCAUUCAGCUAGAUGUCCAAAAUAACAGUUACUUUUAUUGUUUCGAUUACCGCGUUUAAUGAAAACCGCGUUUAAAGUAAUCGGGGAAAAAAGGUAUUUAUUUUGGAAGCUUGUAACCCUUUUCGCGCUAAUCUGGGAUUCCAGGGCUAUACAGCAAACCUUCUGACUCCUCGUGAAACUGUUGUUGUUCAGUUUAUUGUUGUUUGGGAAUAGUUCAAACCUCUGUCCCGCUUCUUUACCUGCGUUUUGUCAACGCGCAGCUGUAAAUUCAACUUUAGCUUCGUUUAGAUGUAGAGUAUCGCUCCAUAACUUUAGAAACAUAUUCUCUAUAUGAAUAAGUAUUGAUUUAGAUAAACAAAGAUAAAACCAUUUUUUUUUGUUUAACUAGUUCCAACUGGCCGGCGGAUUAGUAUAUGGAGUUCCCCCCUUAAUCUGCAGCUGGUGAAUUAACGAAGGGACCACUAACGAAUAAAAACACCAUAUGGCGUCUGUGGCAUAUCUGCAAUACCAACGCGACUAAUGCGAUACAAUUUUAUAGUAAUGAUUAAACCACAAAUAGGUAUUAUUCCCCUCAAACUUCUUUUGAGAAGUGCCACGCCGUUAAAGAUAUUGCUCGUACUCUCCUCAUUGGUAAUAAAGUCUUCAAUUGAAAGUACUCUUCAAACGAUCUGUUACAGUCCGAUAGAUGUUGCCCAGGAUUUAAAAUCAGUAACCGUUGAAACGGAAUUUGAAGGUCUUUAAAGAUAUUGCUCGUACUCUCCUCAUUGGUAAUAAAGUCUUCAAUUGAAAGUACUCUUCAACUGAUCUGUUACAGUCCGAUAGAUGUUGCCCAGGAUUUAAAAUCAGUAACCGUUGAAACGGAAUUUGAAGGUCGAGAAAAGAAAGAAGUUACACGGACUGAAAUCAGACUAGUAUGAAAGCUGCGGAACUACGGAAAUACCUUUUUUGGUGAAAAUUUCAAUUACGAAAAUGGCAGGGUGAGAGGGAGCGUCAUAGUGAUGCAGUAUGGAGCUCACCCAGGGGGUCGACACUGCCAUGUAUUGGGGUGUAACGCUUUAUGCACUACCGCCAUCUUCGGUUGGAGUAAACCUUCUUUGCGAACUAAAAUAUU